UACAAAGAGAGAACGAGACGCUAUUCGCUGCGAAAUUUAUACACGUGUUCUGUGAAACGCAAGUCAUUAUUCUGUGAAGUACUGAGUGUUAUUGAAGAAAAGAAGUGAUAAUGCCUGAAGAAAUGGAAACACAGCCUGCGGAGGUAGAGACCUUCGCCUUCCAGGCGGAAAUCGCCCAGUUGAUGUCCCUCAUCAUCAACACCUUCUAUUCGAACAAAGAAAUCUUCCUACGAGAACUGAUCUCUAACUCGUCCGACGCCUUGGAUAAGAUCCGGUAUGAAUCUCUCACGGAUCCUUCAAAACUUGACAGCGGUAAAGAGCUGUACAUCAAGAUCGUGCCCAACAAGAGCGAGGGCACUCUAACCAUCAUUGACACCGGUAUUGGUAUGACAAAGGCUGAUUUAGUCAAUAACUUGGGUACCAUCGCCAAGUCCGGGACAAAGGCGUUCAUGGAGGCACUGCAGGCGGGUGCUGACAUCUCUAUGAUCGGUCAGUUUGGUGUAGGCUUCUACUCGUGCUAUUUGGUCGCGGACCGCGUGACUGUCCACUCCAAGCACAAUGAUGAUGAGCAGUACAUGUGGGAGUCGGCUGCUGGAGGCAGUUUCACGGUGCGCCCUGAUCAUGGAGAACCUCUCGGCCGUGGCACCAAGAUUGUCCUGCACAUCAAGGAGGAUCUGGCCGAGUAUCUAGAGGAGCACAAAAUCAAGGAAGUUGUGAAGAAGCACUCCCAGUUUAUUGGCUACCCUAUCAAGCUCGUUGUAGAGAAAGAGCGCGAGAAGGAACUGUCUGAUGAUGAAGCUGAGGAGGAGAAAAAAGAAGAUGAGAAGGAGGACGACAAGCCCAAGAUUGAGGAUGUUGGAGAGGAUGAGGACGAGGAUAGCAAAGAUAAAAAGAAGAAAAAGAAGACUAUUAAGGAAAAAUACACAGAAGAUGAGGAGUUGAACAAGACCAAACCCAUCUGGACCAGAAAUGCUGAUGACAUCACCCAGGAGGAAUAUGGAGACUUCUACAAGUCCCUCACCAACGACUGGGAAGACCACUUGGCUGUCAAACACUUCUCUGUUGAAGGUCAGCUUGAAUUUAGAGCUCUAUUAUUUGUUCCCCGCAGAGCUCCCUUCGACUUAUUUGAAAAUAAGAAGCGCAAGAACAAUAUUAAACUGUAUGUCCGUCGUGUAUUCAUCAUGGAUAACUGUGAAGAUUUAAUCCCGGAAUAUCUUAACUUCAUAAAGGGUGUGGUUGACAGUGAGGACUUGCCCUUAAAUAUUUCUCGAGAAAUGCUGCAACAGAACAAGAUUUUGAAAGUAAUUAGGAAGAACUUAGUUAAGAAAUGUUUAGAACUAUUUGAAGAACUAGCAGAGGACAAAGAGAAUUACAAGAAGUUUUAUGAACAGUUUAGCAAGAACCUGAAACUUGGUAUUCAUGAAGAUUCACAAAACAGGUCAAAGUUGGCAGACUUGCUCCGCUACCACACAUCUGCCUCUGGCGACGAAGCAUGCUCCCUCAAGGAGUAUGUAUCUCGUAUGAAGGAGAACCAGAAGCACAUUUACUAUAUCACUGGUGAAAACCGUGACCAAGUUUCCAACUCUUCCUUUGUUGAGAGGGUCAAGAAGCGUGGCUAUGAAGUUGUAUACAUGACUGAGCCUAUUGAUGAGUAUGUAGUACAACAAAUGAGGGAAUAUGAUGGCAAGACCUUAGUCUCUGUCACCAAAGAAGGCCUGGAGCUGCCAGAAGAUGAGGAAGAGAAGAAGAAGCGUGAGGAAGACAAAGUAAAAUUUGAAGGCCUCUGCAAAGUUAUGAAGAACAUCUUGGACAACAAAGUUGAGAAGGUGGUAGUAUCUAACCGAUUAGUUGAGUCACCAUGCUGUAUUGUCACAGCUCAAUAUGGUUGGUCUGCAAAUAUGGAACGUAUCAUGAAGGCACAGGCCCUGCGUGACACCUCUACUAUGGGCUACAUGGCUGCCAAGAAGCAUCUGGAAAUCAACCCUGAUCAUUCCAUCAUUGAGACACUCCGUCAGAAGGCAGAUGCUGACAAGAAUGACAAAGCUGUUAAAGACCUGGUUAUCCUGCUUUAUGAGACUGCUCUGUUGUCAUCUGGCUUCACCCUUGAUGAGCCUCAGGUGCACGCUUCACGGAUCUACCGUAUGAUCAAACUUGGUCUUGGCAUUGAUGAGGAUGAGCCUAUUCAGCCUGAAGAGCCUAGCAGCGCUGGUGAUGUACCUCCAUUGGAGGGUGAUGCUGAUGAUGCAUCCCGUAUGGAAGAAGUUGAUUAAGUUAUUUUGUUUUUAAGUACUCCGCCUAAGUUCUGUGUUACUAUGUAAUGCAAAUAGUUUUAUGGUGUACAGCCAAAGACUGAUUUAGUUCAAAUUCCAUUUUCUUUUAAAAUUAAUAAAAUGGUAUUCACCAUUCAAAAUUA